AUUUUGUUCAAAUUAAAGACAGCUUAUAAUUAUGUAAACAAUAUAAGAUUUUUAUAAUCUUUUGGUCAUUAUUAGAUUCAUAUGAGUUUCAUUCUAUUAAAUGUAGAAUAGUAUGAAAUUUUUUAUUUAGAUGUAGUUGUAAAAGUCAUUUCAUAACUUUUUUAAGAUGUUGACAAAUGACAUGAAUGAAAAAAUUUCUAUCCUUGAAGUAAGUUUUGCAAAAGCAAUUGAUACUCUGAAGAAUUUCAAAAAUGAAAAGUUCAUUAAUGAUCUUGGAAGUAAAAUUGAAGCAGCUACAUCAGCUUUAGAUGCUAUCAGUGAAUUUAAGAAAGAUAUUAAGGAAGACAUUAACAUUGAUGAAUUCAGUGAAAAUGAGAUACAACCAAGUGAUGACGAGUGGGGUAGCAAUCCAGAUGAUUUUGAUGAUAUGAUAAAGGCCUGUGAAGAUGCUGAAAUUAGUAUUAAUUCCAUUGAAGAAGCAUCUUCUGAUCCACCGAUAGAAAAUGAAGAUCAGAAUAGCUGUUCAGACAAUGAAGAAAAUAAUUUAAAUACAUCAAAUGAAGAUAAUUUGCUAGUACCUUCUAAUAAUGAUGAUUUUGAUUGUGAUCCACCUUCAGAUGAACAUUUUCGAAUUCUAAAGCAAUUUUUUGGCCAUGCAUCUUUUAGACCAAUGCAGUGGAAAAUAAUACACAGUGUUAUGUUAGAACAAAAAGAUGUGUGUGCUGUAAUGGCUACCGGUUAUGGUAAAAGCUUAUGUUAUCAGUACCCUGGUGUUUUUUCUGAUAAACCUACUGUUGUUAUUUCUCCACUUAUAUCAUUGAUGGAAGAUCAAGUUAUGUCAUUAAGUGUUGCAAACAUUGGGGCAUGCUACUUAGGAUCAUCACAAACUCAAAUGGGAAAAGUUAAAGAAGAACUUCUUAAGGGAAAAUACAAAGUUGUUUAUAUGACUCCUGAAUUUGCAGAGAGUGCAGAAUUAUUAUUAAAGAAUUUAGACAGUAAAGUUGGUAUUGUACUGUUUGCCAUAGAUGAAGCUCAUUGUGUCUCCCAUUGGGGUCAUGAUUUCAGGGCUUCUUACCGAAAACUUGGAAAAUUACGUUCAUCUUUCUCACAUGUACCUUUUCUCACUGUUACUGCUACAGCAACUCCUACUGUUUUAAGUGACAUUUGCAGCUCUUUAAAGUUAAAAAGCCCUCUCAAAGUUUGCUCUAGCUUUGACAGGCCAAAUUUGUUCUUAGAAGUUUGCAUGAAAAGUGGGUCAGUUGAAAAUGAUUUGCUGAGAGUUAUGACUAAAAAGAAUGGGAAACCUGGUUUCUCUGGAUCAACAAUCAUUUAUUGCCCUACAAGGAAUGCUACUGAAGAUGUGUAUAAUAAAUUAUUGGAUAUGAAAGUUUCCUGUCAGAUUUAUCAUGCUGGGAUGACACCUGAGCAACGAAAGAAGGCACAUCGUGAAUUUGUCCAUGAUAAAGUAGAGGUAGUUGUUGCUACUGUUGCUUUUGGAAUGGGAAUCGAUAAACCUGAUGUAAGGCGUGUAAUACAUUAUGGUGCUCCCAAAGACAUUGAAUCUUAUUAUCAAGAGAUUGGAAGAGCUGGCAGGGAUGGUUUACCAAGCAUUUGUCAAGUAUUUUAUUCCAAUGCAGAUUUUGUCACAUCUAAGUUUUUCUUAAAAGAUAUAAAAAGUGAGAAAUUCUUAGCACAUCGAGCAGAUAUGAUUUCAAAAAUGCAACAGUACCUUAACUCUACUCGUUGCAGAAGACAGAUGCUUCUAUCUCAUUUUCAAGGAGAAGAAGUGAAAAUUACCCAACAAAGUGAGAAAUGCUGUGAUAAUUGUAAGAAAAAAAUAAAAAGAAGUCAGAUGAUGAAAAAUAACACUUCUUCUCAACAGAGUCUAGAUGGCAAAAAAGAUUUUGCUAAAGAGGCAAAACUUUUAUUUGGAACUAUAGAGGCCACAGGGGGAGCAUUUGGAUUGGCUGUUCCAAUUCUUAUUCUCAGAGGCUCGGCAAAUCAACGAAUAACAGAACCAAUGAAAAAAUGUCCUCAAUAUGGUAAAGGGAAGAAUAUAUCUGAAGCAUGGUGGAAAGCAUUUGGUCGUUUAUUGACAUGCGAAAAGUACCUACAAGAAACACGGAUGAAAUCAUUUGGGAAACAAAAUAUGUUUGGUGCUACUGUGAACAUAACUUCCAAAGCUAAGAUAUGGCUUGAAAAGGCAAAAAGAAGUCCAGAAAAUAGUUGUCCACUUAUUUUAGAAAUGAAUACAGAACUAGUAAAUCUAGAAGAAGCUAAAGCAGCUGUGGCUGAAAAGAAAGUUAUUGCCAUCCCUGCAUCUGUUAAACGGAUAUUACCAAUACCUUCAUCCAAACCUGAAACAGAAUCUCAAACCAAUGAAAUUCUUGAUGAAAAUGUAUCCCUGGAUUUGGAAGAUAUGAAACCAAAUGAAGAACCAUUAGAUCCAAGAGAAGAGCAAUUGAUGAAUGAUCUUUACAAAAAAGUGAUGUCGCUUCGAAAUUCAAUUGCUGAUACUGAAGGUCUUGCUCCAUACAUGGUUUUCAGCAACAAGAAUCUUUUGGAUAUUGCUAUGCAUCGCCCAGUUUCUAUUGAUGCGUUGUCACAAAUUGAAGGCAUCCCUUCUGCCCGAAUUUCAAAAUUUGGAGAAUCCAUCAUUAAACUGGUUGGUAGUUUUUGUAAAGAACAUGGUUUGAAAGAUAAUGUGUUUACUACUGCCAAACCAGUGCCUCAGACAAAGAAACCUGAUUUACCUGCAAUGAGAAACCUGAAAAGUACUGUCCAAGAAACUUAUGCUCUAUCCAACAAUGGAACAAGAGAUUUAAAUGCUAUUGCUUCAGAAAGAGGGCUGUCAGUUAAUACAGUCGUCAAUCACAUGAUUGAAGCCAUUAGGGCUGGACUUCAUGUGGAAUUGUCCAGUUUUGGUGUAACUGGAGAUAUUUUUGAUACUGUAUCAAGAAUAAUUCAAUCUCCGCCUAUAAAUAGAGAUGUCAGUCGUUUAACACCCAUAAAACAGUUGUGUCCUGAUUACAUUGAAUUUAAUCAUAUCAAAGCUAUUAUUGCUGUGUUAGAAAGUAAAUAUGGAGUGAUUGAAAAACCUUUGGAAGAUGAUGGAAAUACAAAGAAAACAUCACCAAAGCUUAAUUCACCAGACACCCAGAGUGGCUCUCCUAGCACUGCAGAUACAUCUGUAACCAAAUCCCCAUCUAUCAUCUCAAGCAAAAGGAAAGAGAGCAGCUAUUUCUCACAAUCCACUGAAAUUCCUGCUGUGAAGAAAUUGAAAAGCAACAAACUUUUUAAACUAUGAUUUUGGUAUGAAUUUAGAAUGCUGUGUACCUUUAUUCCUAGUAUUGUUAUAGAGAUUUUGCAUU